GCAUGGUAGCCAGAACUGAACAGACCUACAGGGGGCCACACCCAUCCAUACCCUACUUCAGCCACCGCGACCCAUGUGAGUUUGCACGCCUAAAGAUCGCGCUGGAGAACCUAUUGCCGACGGACGGAACCGAGCUGUUCAAGUACCAGAUACUCGUUGACCACCUAAAGCUUGAAGAGGCAAAGUUGAUAGCGGACUCCUAUCUCAACUCACCUACCCCCUACAGUGACACGUUGUUGGCGCUAAAUGAGAAAUUUGGUCAACCUCACAAAAUAGCCCUAAGUAAGAUAGCGAGCGUCCUCGACUCACCAGACGUUCGCCGUGGUGACAUUGCAGCGUUCGAGCGGUUCGCCCUCCACGUGCAAUCCUUGGUCGGUCUCCUGAAGACACUGGGCGCUGACGGAGAAGCAGAACUUCGCUGUGGGUCUCAUGUGGCAAGACUGCUCGGCAAGCUUCCUCCAGAACAACGAGCAGACUUCCGGCGAUGCACCCUCCGACAGCCAGGUACUGUGCCCACUCUCCUUGAACUAGCUAAUUGGCUGAAACAUGAAGCGUGGUGUCAAGAUUUCGAUGAGCCACCUACAGGGCAAAGGGAGAGGCAUGCAGUCAAGUCCGACAGUCGCCAACGACCAAGAACCGUUACCGUCCUCCAUGGAUCCAAGGGCCCAGAAGACGACAACGUCAAAACAGAGGCCGCCAAGAGGAACAAGGGAAGAAACAAGCAUUACUGCCCCUUCUGUGAGAACGACGAGCACUUCCUCAGUCAGUGCUCUGAAGUCACCAAGCUGAGUAAAGAAAGACUCACAGAAUGGAUUAAGGCAAAUAAGAGGUGCUGGCGCUGUGCUAGGCCUCACCAAGCUGCACAGUGUGACCUGAAGAAGCCUUGUGGCCUGUGUCAAGGUAAGCACCUAGAGGUCCUUCAUGAAGUCAACGUCCGCCGAUCGCAACCCUCAAGCAGUGAAGAUGGCUGGCAAAGGACCCCGGCCACUGAGGUAUUGUACGUCGAUCGCCAUCUACAAGAUCACAGAGUCUUAUUGAAGUGUGUCCAAGUGCUCCUACGUCAUGGCAAACGUACCAUAUCCACGUACGCCAUCUUGGACGACGGGUCCGAAAGAACAAUGCUCCUGUCAGCAGCUGCACGAGAGCUCGGUCUACGAGGCACCCGAGAGGACCUUCCCCUGAGGACAAUCAGGCAAGACGUCCAAACUCUCCCUGGCUCCUCCGUGUCUUUCCGUAUCUCUCCAGUUGCCAACCCCAAGACCAGCUUCAGAGUCUCCAAAGCUUUCACCGCGUCUCGCCUUGGUCUGGCUGACCAGUCGUAUCCGAUGGACAGGCUGCAGAAGAGGUACCCACAUCUAGCUGGUAUACCAAUCACAUCCUUCCAGAACGCAAACCCGCUGGUCCUCAUUGGGUCCGAUCAUCCACACCUGAUCACCGCCAUCGAACCCGUCCGACUUGGUCGACCAGGUGGGCCUGCUGCAAUUCGCACCAGACUGGGCUGGGCGCUACAGGGCCCAGCAAAGUUCGUACAGCAGUCCUUGCAUCCACAGCAGUGUCUACUGACAUCAGUGUCGCCACUCGACGCAGAACUGUAUAAGCACGUCGAAAGGCUGUGGCAGCUAGACACACUCCCUUUCAGAAGCGAGAAAGUCGUAACCAGGUCCAAGCAAGACGAAGCGGCAGUGGCGCUGUUGGAGGAAAAGACCAUCCGUUUGGAGGUGGCAGGGAUCCUUCGAUAUGCCACACCCCUUCUGAGAAAGAAGGACAUGCCUGUGCUUUAUGCCCCCAAAGAAACCGUUCUGCCAAGUCUCCGAAGUACAGAACGACGGCUGGCUAAAGACCCAGAGUUCGCUCGGGCAUACAGCGCGGAAAUUCAGAAGUUGGUGGACGCAGGCUCAGUCUCAAAGCUUCGUCCUGACCAAGUUAACCAAGGGGGAGAAGAGUGGUACAUCCCGCACCACAUGGUGAGUCAUCACGGUAAGAACCGAAUCGUCUACAACUGCUCAUAUCGGUUCAGAGGCCAGAGCCUGAAUGACUCACUGCUGCCGGGGCCAACCCUUGGCCCCUCACUCCUGGGAGUGCUGCUGCGCUUCCGCGAGCACACUGUCGCCCUUAGUGCUGACAUCACAAGGGGCAAGAGUCUACAAGAGCUGGUGAAGCCAAACAGAUGGAGUCAAGGUCCUCCAUUCCUCCUUCAACCACCAGAAAAAUGGCCAGUCCUGUCAAGUGGAGUCCAGAACGAGGAUGUCUCAGAACUGAGGAAGUCGACCUUCUGUGGUGCCAUCGCGACCAAAGCCAGCGCCGCAUGGGCCGAGCAGCACGACACUUGGCAGGCACUGCUAGAACCUACAGUGCAGGAGCUUCACGGGGCGGCAGAUCAGAGCAGCAAUCCCACCGCUGAAGAUUACCGCAAAGCAGAGGGGCUCAUCCUCCAGCGAGCCCAACAAGAGAGUUUUCCAGAUGAGGUGAGACUCCUAAAAGUCGGCAAACCCGUCUCAUCCUGCAGCAGUCUGAUCACCUUAUCGCCGGAGAUGGACAGCGAAAGACAGCUCAUCUGUGUCGGAGGACGGUUACGCCGUGCCGAGAGCUUGGAACCAUCGGCUGUUCACCCAGUUGUGCUGGACCCAAGCCACCCUUCUACCAGACUGCUCAUUCAGGACUACGACAGUCGGCUGCAUCAUCCUGGACCAGAGAGAGUCUUCGCAGAAAUACGACGUUCCUACUGGAUCCUGAGAGGUCGGGAAGCCGUACGUCGCUACCAGCACUCCUGUCCGGAAUGUCGCCGCUGGAAGGCCAAACCUGCGAUUCCCAAAAUGGCUGACCUACCACCGGCGCGACUGCGACUCUUCAAACCAGCCUUCUUCUCGACAGGAAUGGACUGCUUUGGACCCUUCCAAGUCAAAGUGGGAAGACGCAUCGAGAAGAGGUGGGGUAUAAUAUUCAAGUGUCUCACAACCAGGGGUGUGCACUUGGAUCUCCUGAACACACUCGACGUCGACUCGUUCCUGAUGGCCCUCAGAAGGUUUAUCGCACGUCGUGGAACGCCAGCAGAGUUGUAUUCCGACCAGGGAACCAACUUCCGUGGCGGAGAAAGAGAGCUUAGAGAAUCGUUCGCUGCCAUGUCUCCAGACCUUCAAGAGCAGCUAGCCAAGCAGAAGAUCAGCUUCCACUUCAACCCUCCUGCAGCGCCACACUUCGGGGGAGUGUGGGAAAGGGAAAUUCGGUCGGUGAAAGCUGCCCUCUAUCCCACAGUGGGAGCCCAACCAGUCCCAGAGGAAGUGCUACGAACCGUGCUUCUCGAAGUGGAAGGGAUCCUCAAUUCAAAGCCACUGGGGUACGUCUCAUCCAGUCUGCACGAUCCCGACCCAGUGACUCCAAACGUCCUGUUGAUGGGGCGGCUGGAUGGCUCCUUACCGCAGACUGUGUAUCCAGAGACUGCCCUCCUGAGCCGCCGUCGUUGGAAGCACUCACAAAUCCUGGCGAACCACUUCUGGUCCAGCUUCCUGAGGAACUACCUCCCCAGCCUGCAAACUCGUCAGAAGUGGCAGUCAACGCGAGCCAACAUCACCGAUGGAGCUGUCGUGCUGCUGGUGGACCCGCAGUCACCUCGAGCGACGUGGCCAGUGGGACUCGUCAUCAGUGUCAACCCAAGCGCCGAUGGACAGGUACGCUCUGCUGUCGUGAGGGUCGGCGACAAGGAGUACACCCGACCAGUGGCCAGGUUAGUCACACUUCCAGCUGUCUCAGCCGACAACGAGGAGGACAAUGCAGCCGACAAGAAUUCAGCGUAAGACUGUAAAGACCUGGUCACCUUUCUUAAGAGCGAAUGUACUUCAUACAUUCGGGGGCGGCUGUUAGAAAGGUUCCUGUUUAUUAGUUCGUUCCCAUGGUAACCGCCGCUUCCUGUUUUUUGUACUACGUCACGCGCGCGGUGCAUUGUGGGAUUGAGAAUAGCGUAGUGGCGCGAGUAGCACCGGGUGCGCAUUCCGGAAGAGUGCAGCCACCAGUUAAGACGAGUGCAGCCACCUGUAAAGACGUGUGCGAGGGAGAGUCAUUCCGUGUGCGUCAUUGACUGAACUCAAGUUCCCUCCCCGCACACAUAUUGGAUCCACAACACACCCAAGCUCCACACAUACACACAUACAAGCUCCUCGCACGCAGCUAAUUUAACACACUCACACUCAGCUAGUCCUUCCUCCUCAAACAAGUGCCAUUUAUGUAAAUAGUUCUGCCUGUUGCCACCCUGCUGCCUGUAUAUAGUUGCCAAUCUGUUGUCAAGUUGGAUUAAAGGUGAAAAGACCAACUCCGCUCUCCUUCUCCUGUGUUCUGACCGACACCCCGGGGCGAACGGACCAUAACCCAAAUUGAACCAGAAACCUAUACAGUCCACAAUCUGCCUCUCCAACAGUUUACGUAUUUAAAUGUUCAGAUAUUAAGAUUUGAAUGAGGCAAAAUAACAUGCUUUUUCUCUCAAAUAUAUUGUUAUAAUCAUUUGUUUCAGAUGUACUGUAAUAACUUUCUGUAUAAAAAUGAAUUUGGUGUUCAAAAAGUCUUUUUUCAAACUUGAGUCUUGACAAAGAGGGGGUUGUCUUAUAAUCAGGGCCGUCUUAUAUUCGGGCCAGUAUGGUACUACACACUUUCCAUAACUCCUAUUAACUUUUAGUCACCUCUCAAAUAUUACUAUUUUUGUCUUCUGUAUGAUAUAUUUAAUUGAAAUAACAGAACCAUAAAACACAUGAUUUAUUAAAAGGAAAUUCUUGAAAAUUUUUUCAUACCACUGUAGCCAUAUGACUUUUAAGAAUAAUGUAAGAAAAGAGCCACCGUAGCACUGGGAGGCAGUGAUGAAUUCAAUUACUCAUUAUUGAAUUAAAUGUUGCUGCUAUUUAGAUCCAUGCCUGUAAAUUAGUGCGUACGCCUUUAAAGGUGCUAUGAAAUCCGACAACAAGUGACUUUAAAAUGAUAGUAGAUCAUGUUUUUGCCACAAAUCCAUAAUAAAUGGACAGAAAAAGGUUAAUAAUUAAAGUGGAUCCUAAUUAGUCUUCCUUUCUCAGCUGCCUUCGCCCCGCCCACUAAAACAUCCCCAAACAGAAGAAAAUAGGAGAUCAUGUCACAAGCAGAACGAGCUGCAGAUUUUUGCAGUCUGCUAGCAUGCCAUUCAUAGGCUUUCUGUUCUGUUCUUGCUGUGGGACUGUUCUGUCAUUCUGUCAACAUAUAGUACCUAGCGCAGCAAUAGAAAGCUAUGCAUGAUCGUCAGUUAUGGGUGUGAUAUCACAACCAGAAAUGCUGAAAAUAGUGGGCGUUCCCUGAUGCAUUGCUUUGGAUGGGAUAAAUAUGAAAUGUUAAAAGGCAGCGAGAUUUCAGUGCCAAAUUCGUUUUUAACAUGUCAAGUUUGUACUGAAAUUUCGCAGUGAUUCCACUGCUAAUGCCACAACAUUCUCACAAGCAUGUCACUAAAUAAUAUGUUCUUUCUUAAUAUGGGUACUGCAUAAUCUGGGUACUGUAUAUGCAAUAUUUGCACUGUUACAUUAUAGCAAUUUUGCACUGUUACAUCAAUAUCUAUGCACAAACUACCAUUUGCACUGUGAUAUGAAGUUAGACAUCUGCCUGUCUGAGUGCACUGUAAACUGUGUUUUUAUAUUAGCCUUAUUGUGCUUUUGCUUGUUUUAUGUUGUGCACAUUAUGAUGAAGCUUUAAAUCUCACUGUACUCUAUACAAUGACAAUAAAUUCUAUUCUAUGCUAUUCUAUUCUAUUCCUAUUUAAAAUUACAUUACUGCAGUCGUUUUCUUUCUUCUUCUUCUUCUUUUUUUUUUUUUUACACGUUUACCAUUUUAUAGGACCUUUAAUACAGAGAGAGAGAGAGCGAGACAAUGGAGGAUAGUGACAAAGCAGGACAGAGCGGGCACCUGGUUGCAAACAGGAUUUUAUAAUAUGGUGUUUUAGGGCUGCAGGUAUCGAUUAUUUAAGUAAUUGAUUAAUUUAGCAAUUAGUUAGUUCGAAUAAUCUAGUAAUCGGAUUAGGAACACAUAAUGCGUUGCAGAAUAAAUUUUAGGAGAUGUAAAACAAAGGCUGGCUGAGAUUGCACUUUCAAAAGACCAUUAAAAGCAAAUACAAAAUAAAAUUCCAGAGUGUUUUUUCAAGAUAUGCAGAAUUGCACUUUCAUUUCACAAGAGCAAUGAAUGCAUUUAAAAAUAAAUUAAAAUAACUUAAAAUGAAUAAAUGAGAAUCAAAGUACAACAAAAGAACAAUUGGCUAACUUUUGGGGCAAAAGCCCGCUAGCUUAAAUGCUGUAAAAUGCUAACUUUUUUUUUUUUUGAAUUUACAAUGCUUAUAACAAAUUAACAACAAACACACAUUCCCACAAAAAACAACUUAAUAUACCUCUGAACUAAAUUACAAAUGCAUAAACGUAUAAUCAUAUUCCACAUUAUCUUACUGAAACAAAAACUUGAACAACCUUAUGUUGGUCUCAAGAGUGUUGCGUUAUGCUCCUGGUCAGAUUUUGUGUUUGUUGAAGAGCCGGCUGUGGGGCCUUGCUGACGUCGCACUUGCAGCUAAUCCCUGUUCAUCAGCGAUAGUAUAUAAACGCAGGCCAUCCGGGGAAGAACGCUGAGAUAUUUUUCUUGCUGGUCGCCAUUCGACAUCUUUUGUUAUUUGAGUGGCUUGGUAUUUUGGUAAUUUCGCCCCUGUCUUGGGUUUUGGUCGCCUGCUGCUUUAGUUUUGUAUGCCUCUACCUUGUGCAGGUACGUGAGUGUAUUUUAGUUGUUUUAUUGGCACUCUGCCUACCACCUAGGUUUACCCUCGCGUUUAUAUAUUGAUCCACGUCGACUGUCUGUCACGGACCCGUUUUGUUAUUUCCCCUUUUUACCGCGAUCUGUGUGUUUUUCUUUUGUAUUUGAUAAACCCUUGUAUGCGUCCCGUUGUUUGUUCCUUGUUGUGAGGUCCAACCUUGUUUCCAAGUUUGUGGACCCUGACAAAGAGGGAGCAGCUGGAUCCAGCCAUGUUAAAUAAGCAUAUUACUGUUGUCACAAAAGGGAAGUAUAUCCACCCGAAUCAAUAAAACAAAAUACAAACACUUUGAAAACAAACCAUUACAACGUCAUUCUAACGAAACGAAUCCUCGAAGCAGCAAAAUUUGAUUCUAGGCAUUUUUUUCCCAAUCGAAUUACUUGAGUUAAUCGAUUAACCUUUGCGGCACUAAUGUGUUUGGUUGAUUGUCUCACGUUCAAUAAAGCAAAUGAAAGAGCACCAUCGACAAACUUUGUUUCUGUCACCUCGAAGGACAUACUUAGGGAAGAAUGGAUAGCAUGAAAUGUGAUACAUCGCCGUUUGUUUGUAUGUUUCUGUAAACAGACGAUCUCAUUCAAUGUCUCGCGGUGAUCUCGUGCAAAUUAUCAGUAAUAUCUCAAGUGCUUGGCGCGUCCAGCAAUAAAUCGGAUCCAGUUGGCAACGUAUGUAUGCGUUCAUGACUAGUCAAGAGGUGCAGAUGCCACUAUCUGGUGUUAUGUUUUAAAACACUUGAAAUGGCUGUUACUUUUCAUUCUACCCAUUGACCAAAGUGCAUACACCGGAAGCAGGCCAAUUUGUGACUCGACGUUUUCGUUUAUUUAAAUUUAGAAAGAUUCUUCAACAAUGGGUUUUUGAGUAUGAGUGUGGUCACAGAAUCAAAUACAAUCACCAGCCACUUUAUUGGGUACACCUGUCCAAUUGCUCGUUAACACUUAAUUUCUAAUCAGCCAAUCACAUGGCGGCAACUCAGUGCAUUUAGGCAUGUAGACAUGGUUUAAGACAAUUUCCUGCAGUUCAAACCGAGCAUCAGUAUGGGGAAGAAAGGUGAUUUGAGUGACUUUGAACGUGGCAUGGUUGUUGGUGCCUGAAGGGCUGGUCUGAGUAUUUCAGAAACUGCUAAUCUACUGGGAUUUUCACGCACAACCAUCUCUAGGGUUUACAGAGAAUGGUCCGAAAAAGAAAAAAUAUCCAGUGAGCGGCAGUUCUGUAGGCAGAAAUGCCUUGUUGAUGCCAGAGGUCAGAGGAGAAUGGCCAGACUGGUUCGAGCUGAUAGAAAGGCAACAGUGACUCAAAUAACCACCCGUUACAAUCAAGGUAGGCAGAAGAGCAUCACUGAACGCAUAGUACGUCAAACUUUGAGGCAGAUGGGCUACAGCAGCAGAAGACCACGCCGGGUGCCACUCCUUUCAGCUAAGAACAGGAAACUGAGGCUACAAUUGGCACAAGCUCAUCGAAAUUGGACAAUAGAAGAUUGAAAAAACGUUGCCUGGUCUGAUGAGUCUCGAUUUCUGCUGCGACAUUCGGAUGGUAGGGUCAGAAUUUGGUGUCAACAACAUGAAAGCAUGGAUCCAUCCUGCCUUGUAUCAACGGUUCAGGCUGGUGGUGGUGCUGGUGUAAUGGUGUAGGGAAUAUUUUCUUGGCAUUCUUUGGGCCCCUUGGCACCAAUUGAGCAUCAGUGGAAUGCCACAGCCUACCUGAGUAUUGUUGCUGACCAUGUCCAUCCCCUUAUGACCACAAUGUACCCAACUUCUGAUGGCUACUUUCAGCAGGAUAAUGCGCCACGUCAUAAAAUUGGAAUCAUCUCACACUGGUUUCUUGAACAUGACAAUGAGUUCACUGUACUCAAAUGGCCUCCACAGUCACCAGAUAUCAAUCCAAUAGAGCAUAUUUGGGAUGUGGUGGAACGGGAGAUUCGCAUCAUGGAUGUGCAGCUGACAAAUCUGCACCACCUUUGUGAUGCCAUAAUGUCAAUGUGGACCAAACUCUCUGAUGAAUGCUUCCAGCACCUUGUUGAAUCUAUGCCACGAAGAAUUGAUGCAGUUCUGAAGGCAAACACAUACACAAAAAAAAAAAAUAAUGGGGGGGGUGAGCUACUUGCGGGUUGUGGUCCCUAUUAACCGCGAAAAACGAUGGAAUACUGUACACUGUGGUCAUGAUGAGUCAUCCAAAGUCUUUCCAAACAGCUAUUCAAGUCAUCUAGUAAAAAUUUCUUGAACAAAAAAAUUAUAUAUGUUUUAAUAUCGCAAUAUAAUAUCGCAAGCCCCCCAAAAAUUACAGCAAUAGUUUUUUCCAAUAUCGUUCAGGCCUACUAAUUCUUUGAGUCAACUGUAUUAUAAGAUUUUUCAAUUAUAUUUUCAGACUGAGCCAGCGUUUGUUUUAAUAAGAUCAAAUAACGGAAUUUUUUUUCAAAAGGUUGCAGAUCUUGGCAUUUAAAAGUUUAUUUCAACAGAAUAAUCCAAAUUACUCUAAUUGUUUUUUGUAUGUUUGUUUUAAUUGGAACUGCAGAUGAAUCAUUUUGGCUGCUUGUCUAAAACACGCCUAUAUCAGACGUCAAGUUGAAUUUCGAAUCGACAGCAUGAAAAAGGGAAGAACCAUUAGCAGCGCAUUAUAACUAAAAGCAGUAGCAGGCCCUUGCCUGCUGUGUAACCAUGGCAACAGCCCUCAUUACAAUGAUAUCAUUCAGAUCAGUUGAGUCAGGGUUAAUGGAUAAGUUCUGCCAAGCCAUCAAGUAGCCGGUUGGUCUAGAUUUAUUAAUCUUAUUUUUAUUGUUUUGUCUUUUUUCUGCCUUCAUCCGCUGUGGCAUACAUCCAUAUUCUCACAGGCUUUGCUCCCCAGUUGCCAUGGCAACACCUGAUUGUCUGGCUGCAUAAAAGUCUCAUGUUUAGGCAAGAAGAAGAGAUUGAUGGCGACCGCGUGGGGGUGAAGAGAUACAGUUUAGAGAUAGAGUUUCUGGGAAAAGACAGAAAGCUACUACGGUUUACCUCAAAAUCAAGAUUUCGGUGUAUUUAAUCAUCUUUUUCCUUUCUCUCAGUAGUCUUUCUUUCUUUGAAAGACAAAUCUUCAUGCACCUCCUGACAACCUACACUGGUCUCUGCACAACUGCGGACUCAGACGAACACAUAAAAAUACACAUAGACAAUGUUCUUUUUUAAAAAGCCUUGUGGCAAACAAGCAUGUCUUUUCCUGUGUCAGCAGCUCUUUCUUUAGCCUCGGUUUCCACAUUUUGACGCUUAACUGUGUGACAGUCAACAAAGAGGCAUUUGCCGAAGAAAGCUUGUCAAAUAUACGAUGAUUGGUUCCUGUAGUCACCUGCCUAUGUUGAAAGGGAUUGCAAACGACAUUAAAAAUGAACACACCAAACAUACGCAGCUGCAGUGGCCGUAUAAAUAAAAACACUAUUUCACAUUGGGCCACUGACGAAGCAUCCAUCAGUGCCAGUAAUCCAACUUGAAUUUUCCUCACAAGAGAACUCAGAAAGAAAGAAGACUUAAAGAUUUAAUAGAUUUUCAAGCUCUUAAUACCCUGUCUUCAAUAUUGUGUGGCGCAACUAGGUGUAUGCAAAGAAUACAAUGCUCAAAACGAAACUGAUAAACAUUAUCAUAACAAAGUUAUCCUCUUAUGGCAUUGUAUCCUAAUUGUUUAAAUAGGCCUAAAAUGAGUAGUCUGUUCUUUACCUCAUGUUCUAAUCAGAACCAUUUCCCCCCCAUUUGUUUGAAUUUGUACUGUAGGGUUUAGGGUUAGGGUUUAGGGCUAGGGUUAGGGUUAGGCUGAAAACUGCCUUGUUCUUGUAUGUAUGACCAGCACAUGUAGAAUGCUUAUUGCCAAUGAAAUGUUACUUCAGUAAGUAAGGUCAAGUGUUGACUUGAAAAAAAGGAAUUUGAGAGUCCUUAUGGUCUGAACAGUUUUAAUGUAUAACAUGGAAGUUUUUGUAUUGGUAUUAUUUAUUUAUAUAUAGUAUUUAUUAGUAUUAGUCUUUUGUCAACAGAGUGUAUACACUUAAAAAAAAGUUUCCAAAAGUUGUGCAAAUUUAGAAUUUUAGGUAAGAACAACAACAAAAAAUUUCCAGUUAUUUUAUUUUCAGUAUUCGUAUCUCAUCAAGUUAAUGCUGUUAUCUUGAAGUUAAUAAAAUAAUAAUAAUAAUAAUGAUAAAAUUACAAAACUUACAUUCAUGAGUAAGCAGAUCUUGAAAUGUUAUGUGAACUUUUAAGUUCUGCUUACUUGAACUGCUAAGUUGAGCUUACUUGAAAUUUUAAGUUGUGUAAACUUGGCAUGAAGUUGCCUCACUCAUGCUGCCUUCAAAAGCGUGCGCUGACGACAGCUCGCCUGUGAGACAGUGUCUCACUUCACUGCGGCUUGCACUCUCAUUCAGGACACCCAAGUUCAGAGACCCCGGCACUUUCCCAGCACAACAUGAUCAGUCUCCAGUGAAUACAGUUAACAUUGUUCAACAUAUUUGCUCAUUGUAAACUGUACUAGAAUCAGCAGGUAGGCCUUUAAAUAUAGAGAGGGAGCAAUUCAUUACGUGCAGCAGACAGCAAAGGUGCAUCUUUCCUACAUGUGGAGUAGGGCUGAACAAUUUUAGAAAAAAAUCAAUAGACCUUUCGCAAAAGCCCCGCCCCCUUAGUUAGGGUUGCUAAUAAGACAAGCUUAGUCACUCUAACGGCACAGCCGUUGCAAGCAGAUGUAGACAGUGAUUUAUUUUGGCACAAAACUAGUGCAACUAGGGAUGUCCCGAUCCAGGUUUUUGCACUUCCGAUCCGAUACCGAUAUUGUUUUGCACUUCCGAUCCGAUACCGAUACUGGCCGAUACCGAUACCGACCUAUCUGAGCAUGUGUUAAAGUUUAAAGUUCUUUAGCCUCUUUACUUAGUUGUCAGACUCAUGUUGAAAAAGGUUUUAGUACUCUUGAUAACAACUAGCCAGCUCAGUUAGGUGAGUUUGAAUAACACACAACGGUUGGUAACAAGAAACUGACCUGUUUAUUCAGUGACAAACACAAAACAUUAUAAAUAACAAACAGAAAUGGCAUAGUCAGUAAAACGUGCAAAUAAUAUUGUAAACUGUCUUUAAAAAGGAAAGCACACCAACAACCUCAGUGGAAAAUCCCACAAAUCCCCCAAGCUAUUAGAUGCUUUUAAUGUUUCGUGCAUUAGUUACAAAAAUUGUAUAAAAAGCCUCUCAGGUUUAAAUAAACAACUAUUUCAGUAUCAAGUUAACAUUUUAAAACAGUAAAUAAAAUACUCAAGUCCCCAUUCUGUAUCAGCAGCUUUAAACUACAUUCAAUUCAUUUAAUUUUGCGACUCAACUGUUAAAGUUGUUAAAAUUGCUCCCGUUAUUCCAUAAUUUCCCUUCUGUCUACUUUCGACAUGUGAAAGUUUUAAAAUGGUUUUGAAGAUAGAUGAAAGUCAAGAGUUUGCAGAUUUAGGAGUAUUUUAGAUAAAAAGUUAAUUAGGUUCGCUUGGAAGGUUCACAACAGCCAACUAGGGAAGUCUUCUGCUUUAAGAUGGCGGCUAUUUACUCACGCAUCUGGUUUUCAAUACUUCAAUGUUGCUAACGCAGUCGAGACUGUCAUUUUGCAUCUAGUUCUAUAUACAUAUGAUAUCUAUUAUCUCCAGUAAAACGACGUUGACGUAGAUUGUAGCGGCUGUCAGCAGCAGUCAGGUAUUCUUGUGUUUUUUAUCCAGCGGCAUGAGUUGAGCUAAAGCCGUGAGUUGAACAUUGGCAUUACCCGGGUCUAUGACAAGCAUUAUGUUUACUUUCGGGACGCAAUGCGGUCGGUUUCUCAUUGCGUCCCGAGGACCGCGCUGUGUAUUAGUUCUGCUUUACUUGACAUAUUACAAUAAUCGGAAUUUGGAUGUUUGUGAAUCGUUCUUGAAUCUUCCACGGCCGAAUCGCUCAAGGAUGUAAUGACGGCUGGGCAUGUUGUACCGUGGUUCUAAGUGUUGGAUGGUGCGUCUUUACUCACGAGAGAUAAUGGCUCAUCAUCCAGAAUGAAUUCUUCGGCAAUGAAUCUUGUUAUUCCCUGGGCUUUGGGACUGUCUAGUGCCAGUUUGUCACGCAUAGCAAAAGUUUCUGCCAGUGUUAGUUGCGUAGGACCUUUCUUUUUGUCUUCGGUUUUCUUAACAUACUCCUCAUAUUGUUUGUGGUGGGAUUUCGCUAAAUGCUUGAUUAGGUUGGUUGUAUUAAAACUUCUUACAGCUUUACCACUAUGCUUGACUUUAUUGUGGCAGAUGUUGCACUCUGCCUCUUCGUCUUUGUCGUCCUUUAAGGUGAAAUGAUCCCACACAGCAGACAUUUUUACCGAUAAAGUCUCUCGGUAAAUUGGGAGAUGGUAAUGUAAAUGUAGUGUGUUGAAGGUGUGCCGUAAAAUGCGGACCGGAUUUUAGGGAAACCGAAGCAAUAACUAGAAUGGAUUAUGUAGGUCGGUGCACUGGAAAACCCGGAACGGAUUUAAAAAAAAAAAAAAAAAAAACUGGAUCGGAAGUCUGGAUCGGAAUUUUUCCGUGUUCUGAUCCGAUACCGAUGCGCAUUUUUUGCCUAUAUUGGCGUCCAAUCCGAUCCAAAUAUCGGAUCGGGACAUCUCUAAGUGCAACAUCGUCUGGAUUGAGACAAAAGGUUUACAAAAUGUAAUGGAGGGUUAUAUUGAUAUUGAAAAUAUAAAAAAUAGCAGUGUUGUUAAUAACGGCGUUAGACUAUAUGUUUCUAACGGUGUUUUUUUUUUCCAGUAGUGAGUAAUCUAAUUAAAUACUCUUUCCAUCCUAGCAACACUGUUACCGUUACUGAGGAAGUGAAGGAGCGUGUUACUACAAAUUGGUUGAAUGAAGUGCAAGUUGUCUAAUUUUGUCACACAUCUGCCUGCUUGCCCUGGACAGUGCAGAGCGGGAAGUGGGAGGAGGGAACGAGGUGGUGACGCUGUUGCAAACGCGAUGAUGAUGGGCUAGGUGGCUCGGAGCAUUAGCAUAGCAUUCGCGUUCUCGUUGGCAUUAGCAUUUAGCGUGGCGAGCGUCAUUUAUUAUCAAUAUCAUCAUUAUCGUUAUUACCAUUUAACCUAUCAGAGGACGGGGUGAAUACUAGUGCAGGAGACAGCAGGUAGGAGAGGCGCAGCUGCAUCUGAGCCAAAAUAACCCAGUUUUAAACAGAUUUUUUUCAUAUCAGCCGGUAGGAUUUAAAAAAAAAAAAAAAAAGGCAGAUACCGACAUCAAAUUUACAAGUAUCGGUGACGAUAAUUGGAAAUAAUUGGCUAUAUCCAAUAUAUAUAUACUGUGUAUAUGUAUGGUAAGUUAAUCUUAUUGCUGUCAAUGCGCUUUGGGGACAUAAACAUGUUUUACCCUCCCUCCUACAAAAGUCAAACUCCACCUAUGCGCAUCCUUCUUACAUGUGGGGUAGGGCUGAACAAUUUUAGAAAAAAAAUCAAAUUGACCAAAAGCUCAGCCCCCCCUAAAUUACGGUUGCUAAUCAGACAAGCUUCGUCACGCUAACGGCACAACCAUUGCGGGCAGACAUAUAUAACUCAGUGUUUGAAGGGAUUUAUUUUGGUAAUAAAAUAAUUUCAAGGAGCUUAUAGGUGUACUAUCCGUACUUAAAAAAAGGUUAAUGUUAGUGCACUGAAAGAAUGCACUGCGAACGAAGACGUGAAGACUGACUUGAGCUAAUAAUGAAAGCCACACUUAUAGCGUUUUUGACGUUGUCAUCCUUGUAAGGUAUAAUAUUCAAUAACAGUAACUACAACUUUGAUAUCCAGUUUCAUGAAUGUUCUUGCCUCUACUAAAACUUGUUGGCAAGACAAACCUUAAGAGAAACCUUAAGAGAAAAUGUUUGUGUGUUUAUUUAUUUUGGUGACAUUUAUAGCUAGGAGUGAUGCUGAAUGUCCAGUCAACAAUAACAUUUUUGUCUCUUUGGUGCGUACUGCCUAUUUCUUGGAGGCGAAACAUGAGUUAGAGCGUUAACACAACAGAUCCUGGGGUAGUCAGUAACAAAUUAAAAAAUUGUUGGCGUGCGUGAUUGAAACAUUCUAUUGUCUAAAAUCAGGAUUUUGAGUUUAAAAAAAAAAAACAAAUAUAUAUAUAUAUAUAUAUAUAUAUAAACCGUUCAGCAGAAGAUGUGACAAUGGUAAGAGUGGUUGUACAAAGAAAAAUGUAGCUCUUAGCAAUCAGUUGCAUGGAUUGCAUUUGAUUUGAUGAGGCUUGUCUUUCCAUUGAAGCGUACAUGUACUGUGUCGACAGAAGCCCAUUUGUAUCACUUAAAUUUUUUUCCCACACCGCCCAAUGUAAAGUAAUACUGCGAUUGCACCAAAAAAUUAAACCACACCAAACCAAAUCAAACUGAUUGGUUAAAGUGAAGCAUUUCUGUCUUGCCUACAGUAUUUAACAUUAUAAUGUUUGGAGACCUGGAGGCACUACUGUUUUAUGACACUGUAGGUACUGUAUAUACACAAUAUAUCUUAACAGUUUCCUAGGGCGGACACAGCAUAUAAAGUUAUUUUCAGUAGCUGUGGUAAAGGUGGGAUACAAACCACUCUUCCAUACCUUGAGAUUGACUAUGGAAACAUUUUGCUGGAUAAUUUCCUUGGGGAGUAAAAGGUAAACUUAGCAUUCGUUACCUGUGAAAGACAUCACUGCAGGAGUCUGAUCAAGACUCUCCAAAGAUUGCAGAGCAGCUGUUGCUUUAAAGACUAACCAGUGUACCGUGCAAGCAUUUUUGUUAAUCAAUUUACUCUAUUAAUAUGUGUUUCUGAAUAGUAGACAACCUUUAAGCAAUAUUUACUGUAUCUUUUGACCUUGAUUUGACUAGUCAGUCAAAAUUGUGUCAAAAGACUCGGCUUGAUUAGUAAAAAUAUUCCAGGCCAAAUAACAUGACUUUCAUUUAGUACUUUGCAUUUAAGGAUAAUUAUUUGAAAAUGUUUCAUAAAAUCAGUGAAUUGUUUGAAAGUGGACAUGAUUUGGCUCUUUAAAGCCUAAUUAAUCUUUUAUACUUCCAUUUCACAAAAACUCACAUUAAUCAUAUGAAGUAUACAGCACUUAAUCGGUGUAAAUGUCAAGGAACGCGGGCAGGCAGGUUGUAUGGACCCAAAUGCAGGGAAACAAAAAAUGCAGCGAGGCAGGUGGCAGUGAACUCAAAAAAAAACUUUUAAUGAUAACUAACAAAAUCACAAAGUACAAACAAAAGGGCUAGGGCUCAAAAGGCAAUGUUCAAACAAAACUUACUUAAGCGAAGGGACGGGUACACGAGGACUUGGACGGGGCUUGACUUGAACGUUGAUGUAGACACGGACAUUGACAUAGACUGACGCAACAAGGAGUGACAAGAAACUGGGUCAUUAUAUACGCAGACAAGGGGUAACGAGACGAGGAACAGCUGGGUAACACAGGUGGAUGCAGAUUGCAGGAUACACUGGGAAAACACACACAGGUGAGAGCAAUGGGUAAUCACAGGGACAAGUCACACUAGGAGAAACCAACACAAAACCUAACAGUACCCCCCCCUCAAAGGACAGAUCCCAGACGUCCCGAAGAAACGAAAAGUCAGAAGGUUGGAGGAGGGAGCAACACCAGCCUGUCAGGGCCAGUCAGGCGGGCGUCCAGGACGCCAGACAUGGGCUGACCGCACGGGUCAAUCUGGAGGGCGUCCAGGGUGCCAGACGUUGGGCGACCGCACGGGUCAAUCAGGCGGGCGUCCAAGACGAGGCAGUGCUCGGUCCUUCAUGCCGCCAAGCCGUGGCAAGAAGCGGGGAGCAGCAUCGUCGGGACGAGGGUCAGG